AUGAAGAUCUGGAUUUUGGAUGAUCCAUCUGGGAACGGCUGUAUCGAAGGGUUUCUUGCAAACGACCCACAGCUUAAACUGGCAACGUAUAGACGUACGUCAGAACAGAACGCCACACUCGGUUUAAGUGCAGAUGAUGCGAAACAUGAUGAUGCUAUCCAGGAAUGUGAAGAACCUACAGAGAACCCACCUGAGGACAGUGUCGGAAAGGAUGAGGUUCUGACAUUCAAGGUUCAAUGUUCUAAUUGCAAUGCACCAUCAGAGACAAACAUGAAACUUGUCGACAUUCCACACUUCAAACAGGUUGUCAUUAUGGCUACUGUUUGCUCCGUAUGCGGUCACAGAGACAGUGAAGUGAAAUCGGGUGGUGGUAUUUCACCCAAAGGCCGCUUAUAUCGAUUGAAAUUGACCCAUCCGACGGAUCUUUCACGGGAUGUUCUCGUUUCGGAAACAGCAGCCAUUCGUCUGCAUGAAUUAGAUGUUGAAUCUAUGGGUGGAACCUUGGGUGGCCGCUUCACAACUCUCGAGGGCUUGUUCUUGGCAAUCAGAGAUCAACUCAUUGGUGCCAAUCCCUUCAUAACAGGUGACAGCAUUACAGCGGAGGAAAAACAAGGACAACUGGCAAAAACAAUAGAAGAACUUCAGAAGAUCGCAGAAGGAAAACGUCUAAACAUCUUAUUCGAGCUGCGCGACCCGGCAGGCAACAGCUACCUCCAGAACUUGUACGCUCCAGAACCAGAUCCGGAGAUGGAAGUUAUCGAUUACGAGCGAACUGAUGAGGAGAACGAUGAGCUGGGGCUGAAAGACAUGCAUGUAUGA